AUGCAGGUUGAUGCGAGAGUGGUCAAUUUAUUCUCAGAUCAUAACAUCAUCGGCGAGGAAGUAUUGAUCCGUGAUGGCGCUAUCACGCACCGUCAAUUCUUAAUUCCAACUUGGUAUUCGGCCCGUUUCUUAGAAUUCAUGGUGGAAUUAGAACGUCGGGUUCAAAUCAGCAUCCUUGCCGAGAAAAAUCGUGGUCCGACACGCACCCUCCGACAAUUUGUAGCUCCGCCUAACUCCACGAUCAAAACCUCGAAUGUUCCAAAAGAACUUCCCAUAGAUUGCUACCAUCAAGCCAACUUUCUCGACUGCCUUCUUCCAGUUCAAUUGAAGGCUUGGAAGUUGAAGCCUCCGAUCAUCCCAGAAGACGUAAAGGAUCUCUUUGCUCCCGCUGGCAGCAUCAAAAAAAAGUCGUCACCUAAUGCCCCCAUUCCCACGCCGAACCCUCCUGUCUCCGCGCCAAACGCUCCUGACGUACGCCCCGCAGUUUCAAACCCGAUCAUUGGACCCCAAGAUGAAUCUGAAUUCCCUGCAGGGCUGUUUAAUAAUUUAGAUGAUGAAGCUAUGAUUGAUGGGGAAAAUGACGAUGAGGAGGAGCUCUGAAGGUAUCUGAAGGUAUACCAAUUUCUCAAAAAUGUUUCAUCACGUGUAUCCAGUUCCAUCUCUCUUGGUAUUUAAAGCCAACAGUUUUGUAUCUAGUUACAAUCUACAAUGAGUUUGUUCGUUAUCUCAUAACAAUACCUAAAAAUCUUCUGAAAUCAAGUCUACAUAUUGUUUGUCUU